AUGGCCCCAAAUGAUGGAAUCAUAGUAGGCACAACAACACUUUCGCAAUCGCAAGAAGAGCAGCAUACUGACGCCAUGCGAAGACCAUGGAGUCGUCGAAGCUAUACUGGAACUCUCACUUUCAACAUUUGCGCCUUCAUACUACCUGCUCUCUAUGGAACACUUAGCAAGCUUUGGGUCGCUAACAUCGAUUCAUCCAUGGUUGUGACUACUGAUGUCUACACCUAUAUCGGCGUGGUUGCCGAGGUCAUCAACGAAGGUCUCCCUCGUGCCUCGUGGUUGAUCAUCGGAGAUCGAGCAAACAGAUCCAUCUCUGCAAGAUACAGUUUGUCAUUCACCCUGAUCAUCGUCCAAAGCAUCCUGGGGUUGAUCAUGUCAAUCGCAUUCGUCGGCGCAGCUAAACAAUUCGCGAGCGGGUUUGUCCCUGUCGAAGUACGAACAGCUUCUUUGACAUAUAUUCGCAUCUCAGCAUUCUCGGCUCUGUCGUCUGCCAUUGAAACAGCUGUUUCCACCAGCACCCGAGCUCUCGACAAACCUGAUGUACCUUUGAUCAUAUCGACAGUCAAGUUCCUCAUCAACAUCAUUCUUGAUCUCCUGAUUAUCUCCAAAGUUCAUGUGGGCAACUUUACGCCUACAGUCAAUAUGCAGGCUGCUACACAGCUGGCAUGCAACAUGGCUGCUUCCUUCGUUGGUCUGGCCUACUUCUGCUUGGUCACUUUCAGAAAGGAUCAGCGGCGGUUUGUGACAUAUCAGCCUGAGUCAGUCCGACCAAGCCUUAGAUGCCUGGUCACGCUGGCGAGACCUGGUGUCUUGACGUUUGCUGAGUCUGCCAUUCGCAAUGCCCUAUAUUUGUGGCUGGUCAACGGCAUUGUGGCCAUGGGCUCAGAUUAUGCGACAGCCUGGGGCGUCUUUUCCUCAAUCAGAUGGGGGCUCAUUAUGGUACCGGUAAGCAAUAGGGUCCACAUUGUCGUGGUCUUCUGUUUCUGUGCUGACUGUACAUCUACUCCANNGGUCCAAGCGCUCGAGGCAACCACAUUGGCAUUCAUCGGCCACCUCUGCAGCGAAUGGAGAAAAGAAACCGGUGACGAAAGGAAGCCUAGAGCAUCACGACGCCAAUUAUACCACAUAAUCCGGCCAGCACUAUUAUCCUGCCUCAUCGCAUUAGCCGUCGAAAUACCUCUCUGCAUCUUCAUGUCCGAAUACGGUGCCCUUCGCUUCGCCUUCUACCUCUCCGAAUCCCACACCGUCUCUCAGAUCACCGCAAAAAUGUGGAGAACAAUUGAUUGGUGCUACAUCUUCUACGCUCUGUCUACACAACUAGCGGCAAUUUUACUCGCUACCCGACCCCGGUGGUAUCUAUACCAGAGUCUGAUCUCAAACCUUUUGUGGGUUCUGCCAUGGGCUAUUGUGGUAAGCAAGGCAGAUAUUACACCUAAUGAUGCUUGGACGUAUCACUCGAUUGUCUUUGGUGGCUCUCUUGUUUUCAGCUUNUUUGAUGUUUUGAUUGUGGAUCUUGUGUGGGUGUGGGCAUUGCUGAGAGCAAAGAUGCGUUUGCCCAAGAUAUAUUGA